AUGAGUAAUGAAGAAAAGGAGAAAUACUUCCCAUUCUCAGCACAGAGUUUCCUUGAUUCCACUCCCCAAACAAAGCACCUAGAUGAAAUCUCUUCCCAAAAGGAUAUCUUUGCAGCUUUCUUAGCUGCUAGAGCAUUUAAGUGGCCCCCCGAAGAUGAGAUUCUCUCAAAACCUCAAGAAAUCAUCCGAAUCUGUCAAAAUCUUGAAUCUUGCGGAAAUAUUGAACGCCUUCGUCAGUUCAUGUGGCUCCUACAUAAACGCGUGGAUCUUUGGGAGCUUCUAAAUCGCGAUGAAACCAUACUUCGCUGUAGAGCACUUGUUGCCUUCCAUACCAGAAAUUUCAGCGAACUCUACUCGCUUUUAGAGCGGCAUAGUUUUUCAAAAGCUAGUCAUGCUAAAAUGCAAGCUCUUUGGCUGGAAGCCCACUAUCAAGAGGCAGAAAGUUUGAGAGGUAGAGCUUUAGGACCUGUGGACAAGUACCGUGUCCGAAAGAAGCAUCCAUUGCCAAAAACCAUCUGGGACGGGGAACAGAAAACCCACUGUUUCAAGGAAAGGACUCGAAGUCUAUUGAGGGAAUGGUAUUUACAGGAUCCCUACCCCGGACCGAAUAAGAAAAGGGAGCUAGCCAAUGCAACUGGUUUAACUCCGACUCAGGUUGGCAAUUGGUUCAAAAAUCGUCGUCAACGAGACAGGGCUGCAGCAACCAAAAACCAGAGAACAUUGAUUAAUGACGGAAGCGAAGAUGAAAUCCAGGUGGAUUCCAAACUCUUAGCCUCAUCAAGUUCACCAUUCAUAAAUCAUUCGGACCAACCAUCUCCUGCCUAUUUGGAUGAUGUUGAGAGUGCUCCAAAAUGUUCCUCCUUGUCUAAGCCUUCGCCGUUUAGUGCGGAGUCACUUAUUGAUAGAAAGCGGCCGCACCCAGGGCAGUGCUCGAAUAGAACGGAAUUUGGCGAUGAAUUGAUUAAAAGGGCUUUGGCAAUCGUACCACCCUUUCUGCCGCCUCUUCCAGAUCUGCAAUCAGAUUUUCGAUCCACAUCGAUUUCUACUCUUUACAUGCAGGCUUCCUUGGCUCUUUCAGCUCUUCUACCAGCUGAUCUGAGAAAAAUGGUACCACAAAUUCCUCCUUCCUUCGUGAUCCAUCCUCCACCUCUCUCGCAGUUCAAAUCGGAUCAAAACAUAUUAAACUCCUCCUCCUCAAAAUCCCAAGAAGCGGGAACAACGACCUCUCUGUGA